AUGCAUAGAUCUGGAGCUACGAUGGCGUGGAACGUGUUCAAGUUCUGCACUGCUCUGCGAGGAUUGGGCUCGAUCAUGAUUCUGUUGGUUCUUGGGGUCGUUGGUGUCACUUAUUAUGCUGUUGUUUUGACCAAUUAUGGCCCUGCUUUGUCUGCUGGAGGACUUGAUUCUGUUGUUGCCUUGCUAGUUUUGAUCUUGUUUCACAGCUUGUUGGUUAUGCUGUUAUGGAGUUAUUUCUCUGUUGUUUUUACUGAUCCUGGGAGCGUUCCUCCGAGCUGGAGGCCUACGGUUGAUGAGGAAAGAGGAGAGGCUGAUCCACUUGUUGGGACGGAGUUUAGUAAUGUGCAGGCUGAUCCCAAUCAACGGAUUCGGUACUGUCGGAAGUGCAAUCAGCUGAAGCCGCCGCGAUGCCACCAUUGUUCCGUUUGUGGGCGCUGUGUUUUGAAGAUGGACCACCAUUGUGUGUGGGUAGUCAACUGUGUUGGGGCUCUAAAUUACAAGUAUUUCCUUCUCUUCUUGUUCUACACUUUUCUUGAGACAACUCUGGUGACUGCAUCUUUACUGCCACAUUUUAUAGCAUUCUUUAGUGAUGGAGAAAUCCCUGGAACACCUGGCUCUCUUGCUACAACCUUUCUUGCUUUUGUUUUAAACCUGGCCUUUGCACUAAGUGUCUUAGGAUUUCUCAUCAUGCACAUAUCUUUGGUGGCUGCUAAUACUACCACUAUUGAGGCUUAUGAAAAGAAAACCACUCCAAAAUGGCGUUAUGACCUUGGGCGUCGAAAAAAUUUUGAGCAGGUUUUUGGAAUGGACAAGAAGUACUGGUUCAUCCCUGCUUAUUCAGAUGAGGAUAUCCGAAAGAUGCCAGCUCUACAAGGUCUUGACUAUCCUUCAAAACCUGACUUUGAUUCCCAAUAG